UGUACAAGUGAAGAAUGUCAAAUAUGUCAACCAAUUCGAAUGCCAUAUAACCAAUUUGAAUUAUUAUCUUUUUUACCUGAUCCUGAAAUUUCUACUAAAACUACAAAUGAAGAAUCUCAAACUGGUAUUUUUAUAAAUACAAAGAUUAGACUUCUAAUUUGUUGUGAUUUUUGUGGAAAAUAUCGUUGCAUUUAUAGUAAUACAGCUCUAGAUGAAGAAAAUUCUAAAAAAAUUAUACAAUACUUUGAAA